AUGCAUGGGGUUGCAUAUGCUCUCAUUAAUUCUAAGCCACUUGAGUCAUCCCCCAAGCAAUUGGAAUUAUGGGUUCAUGCCAAUAAGGUUUGUAGACACACAAUUAUUAGCACUCUUUCUAAUGAACUGUUUGAUGUAUAUUGUGCCAAUAAGGAAGCGAAGGAGAUAUGGGACUCCAUGAUCAUAAAAUAUAUUGCUAAAGAUUCUGGAAAACAAAAAUUUGUCAUUGGAAAAUACUAUAGAUGGGAGAUGACAGAAGAUAAAGACAUUAAAGUGCAAAUUAAUGAGUACCACAAGCUACUGGAAGAUCUCAAAUUAGAGAACAUUAUUUUGCAAGAAGAAUUUGUGGCUGGCCUGCUCAUUGAGAAGCUGCCUCAUUCAUGGAAUGACUACAAACAACAACUUAAGCAUAAGCACAAGAAACUCUCAUUUGCGGACUUGAUUACACAUAUCAUAAUUGAAGACACCUAUAGGAAAGAGUGCAAAGCUGGCAAAGGAAAGGAGAUUACUACCAAUGCCAACUUGCUGCAAGACAAGCUACACAAGCCAAACAAAAGGUAUGAAAAGAAACAUGAUUUCAAGCCUAAACCUAACAACCUCACUUUCAAGAAGAAAGACAAUUGUUUUGCAGAUGACAUAAUUGUUGUGGUCAUUUCUCAAGUAAACCUUGUGGCCAAUAUGAAAGAAUGGGUGAUAGACUCUGGCGCUACUAGGCAUAUUUGUGCAAACAAAGAUGCUUUUGUGUCCUAUACCCAAGUUCAAGAAGGGGAAGAAACAGUCUAUCUUGGUGAUUCACGAACUGCUUCUGUUCUUGGCAAAGGCAAAAUCCUUCUCAAGCUAACAUCUGGCAAGACUUUGGCAUUGAGUGACAUACUUCAUAUUCCUAACAUUUGA